UCCCACCUCCCUAUGCCAACAUAUUUGAAGGAAGAUGAAGUGAGUCAAGAAUGCAAGACCCUACUUUCCACUCUCCCAACUGAAAGUGAAUGGAUAGAUAUGACUCUAUACAAUUAUCAAGGUUAUUGGCAUUAUGCUAAGCAAUUGCAAGGGGUCCUUUCAUGUCAACAACAUUUUCAGUCUCAUGACAACGAUAUUCUUCUUGUUACCUCUCCUAAAUCAGGCACUACCUGGUUAAAAGCCAUAUUGUUCAGUUUAGUAAACCAUACCCGUUUCAAACAAGCCCGAGAUGACCACCCGUUACUAUCAAACAACCCACAUACGCUUGUGCCAUUCUUGGAGCUUAAGCUCUACUUUGAGAAUGAGAACCCUGAUCUUUCAUCCUUCACAUCUCCAAGACUUUUUGCCACUCAUUUACCGUAUCGAUCUUUACCUAAAUCCGUCCAGGAUUCGAAAUGUAAGCUUGUUUAUCUUUGUAGAAACCCUAAAGAUAUUGUUGUAUCUUUGUGGGCUUAUGCAAACAAGUUGAGGCUCCCUGAAAUGGGUGCUAAAUCAAUUGAGGAAGUUUUUAAGAAAUUUUGUGAAGGGGUAAGCUUGUAUGGACCGUUUUGGGAUCACAUGUUAGGUUAUUGGCAUGAAAGCUUAAAGAAUCCAGACAAGAUUUAUUUUUUGACAUAUGAGAAGAUGAAAGAGCAACCGGAUCUUCAUUUGAGGAGACUAGCUGAUUUUUUGGGGUGUCCAUUUUCACCAAAAGAAGAGGAAGAAAAUAUGGUUAGGGCUAUUUUGGAAAUGUGUAGCUUUGAUAUUUUAAGUAAUCUAAAGGUGAACAGGGAAGGGACGACUCCAUCUGGCAUAAAUUACAAAGCAUUUUUUCGAAAUGGUAAAGUUGGUGACUGGAAAAACUAUCUGACCAUAGAAAUGGUAAAGCGUCUUGACAAAAUUUGUGAAGAAAAGUUAGAAGGUUCAGGUUUAAAGUUGUAGUUUCGUUUUGUGUGUUAUUAUUUGUUCAAAUACAUGCAUGUGUGAUCUUGGAUGCUAAAUCUAUGUUGUGUGAUCUUGGAUGCUAUAUAUGUCAAAUUUGAAUAAAAAAAAAAAUCCAUUUUAGUCUCUUGGGAUGUUUUAUGUAUUAUUUUAAGCUAUAAACUCCU